UGGGGACUGAAGCACUGUGGAGAAGGGAAGCAGGAAAGCCUUGAGUCAGUAGAUCCUGUGUCUAACAGUGACCUGGGCAGCAGAUCACAGAGCAUAUCGCUGGAUUUCCAAGAAACAGGGAGAAUCAUGUUAACAAAAUCGACGUGCAGCUGAACAUCAUGUCCUUCCUCUCCCCCCAAGAUUUGUGCCGCUUAGGAAGCACGAGUUGUUACUGGAGGGCAGCUGUGCAAGACCCGUUGUUAUGGAGGUAUUUUCUCCUGCGGGAUCUCCCCUCUUGGUCAUCUGUUGAUUGGAAAUCACUUCCAGAUGAGGAGAUUUUUAAUAAAGCCUUUUCGGAGGUCAGCGACAAUGCACUGUAUGAUUACAUGUCAGUAUAUAAAAGGAGCUGUCCUCAGGGUAGAAGAAGUUUGAAAUCGAGCCGUCCCCGGUAUGGGACUGUGACUUCCUUUUUGCAAUCACUGGUCACUCAGGCAGAACCUCGCUUUGCUAUGUUUGGGCCAGGUUUGGAACAGCUGGACAGCUCUUUGGUGCAAAAGAUGAUGACAUGCCCAGAAAUUCUGCUGGUAGCUGGCCUGCCUCAUAGACAAAUUCAUGGAAUUGGAUCAGGAGUCAGUUUUCAGUUUAACAACAAUCAAAAAUUCAAUAUUGUGACAUUGUAUUCCACCACAAGUGUGGAAAGGAGGAGAGCAAGGGAGGAGCAAGCUGUUGCUGUGAAUAAGAUGUUUUACCAAGAGAACAGCGCAGAAGGGAACCAGCAAGCCAUGCACUACAGUGUCAUAGCUCAAGUGAGGAAGGUGUGCGAAGUAGUUGAUGGAUUCAUUUAUGUUGCUAAUGCAGAAGCUCAUAGAGAACACGAUCGUCAGGAGGAGCUGGCUCGUAUUUUGGCAAUGGUUGAUCCAGCCCUUGGGCCUCCCAACAGACCUCUGCUCGUUUUGUCCUGUGUGUCUCACGUUGGUGUGAAAAGAAUUCCAUGUGUUUACAUGGCACAUCAGUUGCAACUAAAUCUGCUGCAUCAGCCCUGGAUGAUGCAGGACACUGUAGCUGCAACUUUAGAUGGAUUGUUAAAUGGAAUUGAAUGGCUCUUGGAAGAAGCAAAUUGUAAAAGUGCUCAGUAGUAGGAUUAGGCAUUGUAGCACUGUAUAAACCUUUUGGUGUUUUCCAUUUCACUUGAAGAAAGAAUCUUGUCCUUCCUGCCAGACUACUGUCAGAAGGGAAAACUGACAAGGCAAAUGUGCGUAUAUUUCACUGCACAUACUCAAAUUCUUAACAUUUUUCCAACUAUAGUCCUGAAUUAGAAAUACAAGUGGGAUUGCCUCGAUUCUAGCUGCGAUAAAGAAGUGAUUUGGAGGGACAA